AUGUCAUCUGGACCGAAGCUCCGCCGCGCAUUCCGUCGAACAGACGACUACACACCAGGCACACCCAAGCUCAAGCUUGUGGAAGAACGCCUGCCACUCCCUCUAUCCCCAACUGCAGCUUUGGUCAAAGUCCACGCCAUUGCCCUCAACUACAGGGACGCUAACAUCGCUAACGGUGGGAACCCAUGGCCCGUCCUUCCUAAUGGAAUCUUGUGCAACGAUGCAGCGGGCGAAGUCAUUGCCGUCGGUGAGAAAGUCAAGGCCCUUGUCGUGGGCGACAGAGUUGCGCCCGUCAUUGACACGGAGUAUAUCUCUGGCCGAGAACUGGGUCGGUCUUGGCUUGCUGCUGACGAGGACGGGGUGAUGGCGGAUCACAUUGUCUUUGAUGAGGAGAAAUUGUGUAAAUUGCCCAGUUACUUGGACUGGACUGCUGCUGCGACUAUCCCCUGCGCUGGUGUUACGGCGUGGUCUGCGUUGAAGGGAAUGAGUAUUGGGCAGACUGUGUUGAUUCAAGGCACUGGAGGUGUGAGCGUGUUCGCGCUCAAGCUCGCCAGAGCUGCAGGCCUGAGAGUUAUUCUCAGUUCGUCGAGCGAUGUGAAGCUGCAAAGCAUGAAGGAGAAGUAUGGUAGUCCGCCGCUGUUGACUGUUAAUUAUGCGAAGAACCCAAAAUGGCAUGAGGAGGUUCUGAAAUUGACCGACGGUGUUGGGGUUGAUAUCGUUGUUGAGAAUGGAGGUACCGGAUCUUUGGUUAAGAGUAUGAAAUGCACUCGACGUGGUGGAAUUAUCAGCCAGGUUGGGUAUCUAGGAAAGCAAAAUCCCGCUGAGUUGGCUGAGCUUAUCCCGACUAUUAUCGAUCGAAGAGUUAUUCUGAGGGGCAUCAAUGCUGGGUCGAAGUAUGACAUGGAAGAUUUCUGCUCUGCCGUAUCCGCUUCGCAGAUGCAGCUGGAUGAUCUGAUUGACUCGGUCUGGAAAUUCGAGCAAGCUGAGGCAGCGGUCGAGUAUAUAUGGCAGGGGAAGCAGAUUGGGAAACUUGUACUUCGUGUUUAG